CUACAUAAAUGGCUACAUUAUACAUAUGGAUGCCAAAUGACAAUAAUAUUGGUCACUGUGCUCUACAGCUAUCUGAUGGCACAUACAUAAGCUUUUGGCCGAACGUUAGCUAUGGUAUCAACGAUUAUCUAAUGGGUAACAGUGUUCCCUCAUCUAAUGCAUCCAACUAUGAUGAAGACUAUAAAAGCGAAAACAAUCGACCGGCUAACCAAUAUAAACUACCUGGGCUCAAUGAACAAUUAGUUAAACAAUAUUGGAAUCAACAUCAUGGUGAUAACUAUAUGAUCAAUAGUGCUGAUUGUUCGACCAUGGUGGAAAAUGCACUCAGACAUGCAGAUUAUAAAAAUACAGCGGCUUACAAUGCUAUUAGAGAUUUUAGGCUAAGUGUGGCCGACAAAGCAUCCAACGGUACUAUGACUAAAAAAGUCAGGAAAAAAAUCUAA